AUGACACGAAAGAACGCCACCCUCUCCAAGCGGCGCUCCAAACCGAGCUUGAAAGUUGCAACCGGCCAGAACGGCCAUGCUAACAGCAAGAUGAACAACAUCGAGAUGCGCAAGCGGGAUACUCCCUCCUCCGAAUCGUCCGCCGACCGAGCUACCCGCCUCAUGUCGCAUCCGGGCUUCUCCCUCGACAGCGAGCCCGUGGUCCCGCCGACCCCGGUCAUGACCACCACGAGCUUCCAGAACCUGCCCGCCAAUGACCGCCGGAAUUUCCUGCUACUGGUCCUGCUGUACUUCUUGCAGGGCGUGCCCAUGGGUCUGGCGACCGGCUCCGUGCCCUUUCUGCUCAAGCCUCACCUGUCCUACGGCCAGAUCGGCGUGUUCUCACUCGCCUCAUACCCCUACUCCUUGAAAUUGUUCUGGAGCCCUAUCGUCGAUGCUGUGUGGAGUCCGCGAUUCGGCCGCCGCAAGAGCUGGAUUACCCCUGUCCAGGUGGUGGCUGGUCUGGCGAUGAUUUAUCUGGGUGGCCGCAUCGAGCCGAUGAUGACACAGGCGGGUGCGAAUGGCGGCGCCGGCGUGUGGAAUUUCACCUACUGGUGGUUUGGACUCGUGUUUUUCUGUGCCACGCAGGAUAUUGCCGUAGAUGGGUGGGCCAUCACCUUGAUGUCUCAGCCGAACAUCUCCUACGCUUCGACGGCCCAGACUGUGGGACUUACGGCUGGUCAUUUCCUGUCGUACACCGUGUUCCUGGCGUUUAACUCCAAAGACUUUGCCAAUCGGUGGUUCCGUACUAUCCCCGGCGAGGGCGGUUUGUUGUCGCUGGGCACCUACCUGACCUUCUGGGGCUGGGCGUAUCUGCUGGUGACCCUGGGUCUGGCUCUGCUCAAGAAGGAGGACCACACCAAAGAGCGUGAUAGCAUUCUCGAUGUCUACAAGAGCAUGUGGAGUGUGUUGAAGUUGAAGAACAUCCAGACCAUUAUCAUCAUCCACCUGAUUGCCAAGAUCGGCUUCCAGGCCAACGACGGCGUGACGAGUCUGAAGCUACUUGACAAGGGCUUUGGCCAGGAUAACAUGGCCCUGGUCGUGCUGAUAGAUUUCCCCUUUGAGAUUAUGCUGGGCUACUAUGCCGGCAAGUGGUCGACCGAGUAUACCCCGAUGCGGCUCUGGGGCUGGGCCUUUGUCGGUCGGCUGGCGGCUGCGGUGCUGGCCCAGCUGACUGUGAUGAUUUUCCCCAGCGGCACGGACGUGCCGUUCUGGUACCUGAUGACGGUCAUUAUGGAGCAUAUUAUCUCGACCUUUAUGAACACAGUCAUGUUUGUGGCUAUCUCCGCCUUCCACGCGCGCAUUGCGGACCCGGCCAUUGGAGGGACAUACAUGACGCUCCUGGCAACUGUCUGCAACUUGGGUGGGACCUUCCCACGCUACUUCAUCCUCAAGCUGGUUGAUAUGUUCACCGAGGCGACUUGUCUCCCUCCUACCGUUCCUAUCCCCCCCAGCCAGCUCAAGGAUGCGCUGGUCACCACCGCGUUCUCCUGCGCCCUCGAGCCGGAGAAGAACCGCUGCGUCAACGGCGGCGGGACUUGCCAGGUCGGCCGCGACGGCUACUACCUGACCAACAUCCUGUGUGUGGCCAUUGGCACGGUGACAUUUGUGAUGUUCAUCAAGCCGGCCGCCACCAGGCUGCAGAACCUGCCUCUGCGGGCCUGGCGGCUAAUGCCGACCAACGAACGAGACUAG